UAACGAGUAGCCAUCACCAUUCACCACCACCACCUCCCUCUCUAUCUCGAUCGUGCCCACCAGCUCAGCUCACUAACUUUGCUUCUCCAAUCUCCACUUUUGACAAAACCCCCCCCUAAUCUCAAGCUUUUGACACACAACAGAAAAAAAGAGGUGGGGCCCUACAUUGUAAGAAACCUCUAUUCCUUUAGUAGUGGCCAUAGUCAAGUCUCUCACACACACCCAAAAAAAAAAGAAAGACUUCCCUUUUUUUCCCUUCGUCUCCAUUGGUACUAGUCUGACAUUAACGUGGCUUAGUGAAACACCCCCACCCAUCUCUCUCUCCUCUCUAUAGAAACCCAGAAAAGUUCUUGCUUCCAAACUUCUCCCACUUCCUUCUUCCCCAUUCAUAAGCAGAAUCUGAUUCUUCUUUUCUCUUAGACAGAACUUUGGAGACGCAGAAGAACAAACAAUUCAGAAUCUCGAUCUAAACCCCUAUUUUUUCUCUUACUCAGAUACUUGGAAGUGGUCUUAAAAUUUGUAUGGUAGGAUGAGAAACUGAGUUUUGUUCGGUUUUGAUCUAAAGUUAGCAAGCAAAACAAUGGGAAGUCUUACACCUGAUGCUCUGAAAGAUGAUCCUGAGCUUGAAGAUUCAUUAAACAUCCAUGAGCAUCUCCCUGUCUUGUUGACCCAUAAAAGACAACAACAGCAAUGUAGUUUAGUUUCGAACAGCGGGAAGUGGCUACACCUUGUCAAAAACUGUCCCAGAGGCUCAUUCUCUCGCGCCACUAGCUUCUUUGAUAACAAGAUCCCAAGGCAUUUGGUGUCGCUAGACGAGAAGUAUCUCCGUAGAUGCCUAGAAUUGAUUAACAUCAGCGCCUUUAAGUCGUCAGCUAGUUGCAGCCUCUCUUCGUAUCACUUUGACUCAACUAUGAUCCCUAAAGAGAAUGUUGCUCGUCUUCUCUUUGAUCUUCCCUUGGUUGAUGAUUCAGGGAACGUAGUGAUUAGUCCUGUGAUCACAGGUUGCAAGAGGGUUACACAUUUGCUUGAUAGCCCUGAGAAGGCGGUCUCGGUAUCGAGCACAAGCUCAGUGAGCUCUUCUUCUUCUUCUUCUGAGCAGUCUUGGUCACCGUCUUCUUCAAAGGUGUCUCAAGGGACACUUCAGUUUACUAUGAAAGACAACAAGAUUCCUCAUUUUGUUUUCUCAUUGGAUGAUCAGAAAGAGAUCUAUGUAGCUACCUUAAGCAAUACUAGUAGUGUUGGUUUUGACCGCAGCUCUCUAGAGUAUUCAUAUUUGAUCCAUUUGAAGAAAGGCCGUGUCGGCUCUGAACUGGUUGGUAAGCUAAAGGUAUCAACGUUGUUCUCUGUCUCAUCCGCUAAUGAGAAAACCGUAGAGAGACAGUUUGUUCUGUUCAGCAACGGUGGGAAUCAGCAGUUGCUAGGCCACAGUGAGAUCAAGAAACACAGAGGGUUGUCUAAGAAAGUGGUUGAUGCGCUCAAACGCGGCUCAAGGCAAAGAAGCAUCUCAAGAUUCAGCAGAACAAGCUCCGUAACUGAUUUUAGUUAUUGGGAGCCGUUUCAAGAGCCUGAUCAAGUUCUUGAAUCUGUGAGUUUGCUAGAUAGCGAGCUUCCGCAUAAUCUUGAAGCCUCAGCUGUUGUUGUGAGAGAGAAGUUUCUCAAUGAGGAAGAGAAAGCUGGAGGGUGGGGCAUGAAGUUUCUGAAGAAGACCUCCUUGUCUAGAAGAACCAAGCAGGCUUGUGGAGAUUCAAAGCAAAUGAGCAUAGAUGUUGUGAUUCCUUCAGGGGUUCACGGAGGGCCGAGAAGCAGAAACGGUGGUGGUGGUGGUGGUCCUUCGAGCUUGGUUGAGAGAUGGAAGUCUGGAGGAAGCUGUGAUUGCUCUGGAUGGGACUUAGGUUGUUCUUUAACCGUCUUUAAAGGGCAAGGUAGAAAAGAACAAAGUGAAGGUCAAUGCAAUCUAUUUGAGCUCUUCACUGAGGGAUCGAAGCAGGGAAUACCUGGACUGAGGAUCAUGAGUGUAAGAGAGGGUCUUUACUUCAUCCAGUUUCAAGCGAAGAUGUCUGUGUUGCAGUCUUUUUCAACGGCUUUGGCGUAUGUUCAUAGCCAGAGCCAGAGACUUAGGCCAUGGUUGUCAGGGAAAGUGUGUAGAGAGAAGCUUAACUAAGCUAAAAGAGAGAGAGAGAGAGGAAUGCACAGAGUAAAAGAUAGGCAAAAACUCAGCCUUCGUAAUUUCAGCAGGUUCUUGAGUUAAAAUAUUAUUAUUUUUUUAGUUUAUUUGUCUUCUAUUUAAUUUUUUUUUUGAUAGAAAAAAUGUUUCUUUGCUGGAAAUCGUAUGUAAGUUUUUGGUGUGUUUUGUUGGUGUGAAAUGUAAAUUUCUGACUUUCGAUUUUGACAUUUUAUGAUGUUCUGGUUUUAUA